AUGCAAACUUCCGUAUCACCAUCGUCUACUCCAAAACGUAAAACAGCAGCCGAAAGGGCAGCGGAAAGAGAAAAAAAGCAACAAGCUGAACAAAAAGAACGAGAACGUAAAGUAGCGGAGAAGGCUGCUGAAAAAGAGAAGAGGGAAAUUGAGCGAAAAGCAAAAUUAGAAGCAAAGGAAGCUGCCAAAAAAGAAAGAGCUCAAUCAAAGAUGGGUCUAAUGAAUUACUUUUCUCCUAUUAAAAAAGAACCUCCAAAGGAAGAAAAAGGAGUGACUCACGAUGAUCCAAAACUGGCAUCAUUCUAUAGUCAUUUCCGGCCUUUCUAUGUUAAGCUAACGAUGACAAUGGCACCCAUAAACAGAUUCGAGCAUCCUGUCCCUAAAGAUUUCGAUGAUUUAGUGUUUGGAGAAUCUUUGGCAAAUUUCUCUGAAAUUCCGCAAAAAACAGCUGAUCCUGAUGUAUAUUUAAGAGAUUUUUUAUCAAUAGUCAAUAAAAAGUUAUUAAAGAAACGAGGUGCCCGAAAAAUGAUUUCUGUAAAAGAUUUAAUGCAAGGACGAUUUGGCAGUUCUGUGCCAGAGCCUGUUGUUGCUGAUAUGGAGAUUGACACAGAAGCUUGCGAUCCGGUUGUUGCUUCGAUAGAUUUAGAGGAUCGAUCAUCUUCAACUGAUAAUGACAAAAGAACAAUGGACAGUGAAGUUACCAAUCUUUCCGAGAACGAGUCGUCAUCAUUUAUGGGGGAUCCCUCUGAGAUGUUGAAAGAUUUGAGCAAAACAAAAAUGAAAUUGUUACAAUUCUAUGAAGACUUUUAUAGACCAGCGUAUUAUGGUUUGUUUUUUGUACCUGGACCAAAAAAAGUAAAACGAUUUCGGGUCGACGACCAUUUGAACUAG